AUGUUCAACACCGCGAGGUUGCAUCUAAGCGAGUGUUUGAAAUACCUUCGGUACUCGGGGCAACGGCAACACAGUAAACACAACACUUCAAUCGAUCCGAGCAAAACAAAGCAAGAGAGCUUACAAGCCAGACAGCAAGAAAUUAUGGCGCGUGGCCUGCCAAAACGAAAGCGAAUAAAAGACGUGAAGCAAAUCCUUCUAGUUGCAUCUGGCAAAGGUGGAGUUGGGAAGUCAACAACCGCAGUUAAUCUGGCAACUGCAUUGAAAAUUGUCGAACCAAGAAAGACUGUUGGAUUGCUAGAUGCUGAUGUUUUCGGACCUUCUGUACCUGUGAUGAUGAACAUACACGAAUCACCGAUGGUAAAUCAUGAUAGCUUUAUGGAACCACUCAUAAAUUAUGGUGUGAAAUGUAUGUCCAUGGGCUUCUUAAUUGAUGAGAAAUCACCAGUAGUCUGGAGAGGACUUAUGGUGAUGAGUGCAUUGGACAAAUUAGUGAAUCAUGUGGCAUGGGGAUCGCUUGAUUACCUGGUGAUCGACACACCUCCCGGAACAGGUGAUACACAUCUCUCUCUCGUUCAGAAUCUCUUCAUCGCCGGUGCACUACUGGUCACGACGCCGCAGAAAGUCGCGUUGGAGGUAACUAGAAGAGGCGCGAACAUGUUCAAGAAGCUAGACGUACCUGUCGCUGGCAUAGUGGAGAACAUGAGCACGGUCACAUGUCCGAAAUGCAUGACCGAGGUAUCUCUUUUCGGUAACGACACGGUGUCGUUGGCUAAAGAGCUAGGUGUAGAUAUCUUGCAGAAGAUACCGAUGCAUGAGAGCAUCGCGGAAGGCUCGGACAGCGGGAGACCGAUCGUUCUGUCAGCACCGAAAAGCAAACAAGCGGAGGCCUACAAGGAACUGGCAGAACACGUUGUUAUUUUUCUUAGUAAACAAGGAAUAAAGGAGGACUGAUUU